AAAAAGGACUUUUAUAUCUAAAAGAUUAUUAGCGCCAAAGCAUUCAGCACCAUGGACAGCGUGAGAGCGGCGGUAUACCUGAGCGUUUGCCUGUCGUUGUUGAGUCUCUGCCGGGGUCAGAUGUCACUGGACAACAGACUGUCCGCACAAGAGGAGCAGUUCAUCAAAAGAGACCUGGCUGAAGCGCUCGAGGACCUUUUGGAUGGAGAUCAGAACAAUCGGAUAUCUGUGGAGAAAAAAGCUAGUGUCAUACCAAGGUGCGACGUGGGGGAGCGCUGCGCCAUGAAGCAUGGACCACGAAUCGGUCGACUGUGUGAUUGUCUGCGAGGAACCGCCUGCAACACGUUCUUCUUGCGCUGCUACUGAUUGAGCUCGCGCGACUAUCAUCC